CUUGAGAGAGAAAAUUAAGCUACAUUUCUGUGAAAAUGAAGACUUCAACAAUCGCAUUACUACUGUCACUAUCUUCAAUUCUUUUCUUCCCAGUUUCAUGGGCUACUUCAAAUUCAGUUCAAGAUAACUUCAUAAAGUGCCUUGACAAAGUAUCACUUUCUCAACCAAUUUCCGCUGAGAUUUACACACCAAACAAUUCCUCAUUUGGAACUGUUUUGCAAUCAUACAAAAGGAACCGAAGAUUCGACACGCCUACAACACCUAAACCGGCUGUCAUUGUGACUGCAACACACGAAUCCCAUGUGCAAGCAACUGUUGUUUGUGCUAAAAAGGUUGGGAUCGAGCUUCGAAUCCGAAGUGGGGGUCACGAUUACGAAGGUGUUUCUUAUGUAUCACAAGUCCCUUUCGUGAUACUUGAGAUGUCUAAUCUUCGAUCUAUUGAGAUUGACAUAAAGAAUGAAACUGCAUGGUUUCAAGCUGGGGCUAUUCUCGGUGAAAUAUAUUAUGAAAUAGCAAAAAAAAGCAAGUACCACGCUUUUGCUGCUGGUGUUUGCCCUGGUUUAGGUGCUGGUGGCCAUAUUAGUGGAGGUGGCUAUGGAAACUUGUUGCGAAAAUAUGGGGUCGCAACUGACCAUGUUGUUGAUGCACAAAUAGUUGAUGCAAAGGGUAGAAUUCUCGAUAGAAAGUCAAUGGGAGAAGAUCUCUUCUGGGCUCUCAGAGGAGGAGGUGCUUCCAGUUUUGGUGUCAUUCUCUCAUGGAAAGUCAAGUUGGUUCGAGUCCCAGCCACCGUGACUGUUUUUAAAGUGAAUAGGACAUUGGGACAAGGUGCAACUGACAUUGUGGCACAAUGGACCCAAGUUGUGGAUAAGUUACCAAAGGAAGUGUUCAUGAGAGUGUGGGUUAAAACCGUGAAUGGAAGUCACCAGGGUGAGAAGACUAUCCAGGCACUAUUCGUCGGUAUGUUUCUUGGUGGAGCCCAAGAACUUGUGGUAUUGAUGAACGAGAGGUUACCUAAAUUUGGUUUCCAACAAAGUGAUGCUAUUGAAAUGAGUUGGAUUGAGUCGGUUGUGUUUUGGGCAGACAAGCCACUUGGAACUCCGAUUGAGGUUCUACUUGAAAGGGCAACUAAGCCAGCAAUAUUUUUGAAGCGUAAAUCUGACUACGUGAAAGAACCAAUUUCGAAUGCCGGAUUAGAAGCUAUAUGGAAGACCAUGAUUGAACUUGAGGAUGUGGCAAUGUUAUGGAAUCCUUACGGAGGAGUAAUGAAUGAGAUUUCUGAGAAUAAAACUGCAUUCCCACAUCGAGCAGGUAACAUUUUUAAGAUUCAGUAUGCAACGAAUUGGAUGGUUGAAGGGAUUGAAGCUACCAACCUCUACUUGAAUAAAACAAGGAAACUUUUUGAAGCAAUGACUCCUUAUGUCUCCAAGAAUCCAAGGGAGGCUUUUCUUAACUAUCGUGAUCUUGAUAUUGGUACAAGUUCAAAUGGUAACUACGAAGAAGCCAAGGUUUAUGGAAUCAAGUAUUUUAAGGGUAACUUUGACAGGUUGGUUCGUGUGAAGACAAAUGUUGAUCCCGACAAUUUUUUCAGAAAUGAGCAAAGCAUCCCAACUCUUCCAUCUCGAAAGCUGUAGAAGGUGAAAUCACUGAGAGUUUAUGUUUGUCCCAAGCACCCAUCUCAGAGUACUGGUCUAGUUUUUUGUUUAUUUGCCCCUCUUUUUCUUUUUUUUUGAUGAACCCUAUGUCAUUGUUAUGACCCUACAAUAAAAAU